UGGCCGGGCGGGGAGCGCGGUUGCCGUGGAAACCGCGACCAUGGCGGCGCCCGGGAGGGUUGGCAGCCGCUCCGCACAGCAUGAGGAGCGGGCCGGCUCCUUGGAGUCCGUUCCCACCGCGUGCCCCGCGUCCCUCGAGCGGCCCGCGGAGCCGGGAAAGGCCGCGGAGCAGCCGGGCAGGACCCUGUGGGAGCGGAUCUGCGAAGAGUACGAAGUGGAGCUGCCCCCCUUUCCAGAGGGCUACAAAACCCAGCAAGAAGCCGUGCUCACCGUUUCACCGAUGGAAGAAAGCCUUUUCCGUGGCUUCAGUGCAGAGCACAGUUUCCCAUUUCCUCAUUGGGCCACGGACUCACACAUACCUUGCACUCAAAUCAAAUUGGAAACAAUUGAUCCCAAAACCUGUUCCCCCAAAGAAUAUUUGGAAACAUUCAUCUUUCCAGUUCUGCUUCCCGGUAUAGCGAGCCUGCUUCACCAGGCAAAGAAAGAAAAAUGUUUUGAGAGGAAAAGGACCAAGUUCAUUGCCUGUGAUUUUCUGACUGAGUGGUUAUACAAUCAAAAUCCAAAGAGGACAGGGGAGCCGUUCACAGAUUUCUUCUCCAUUCCCUUUGUGGAGCAGUGGCUGAAGCAACACCCGCGGCCGCCCAUCCCACUGUCCCUGCUGCUGACCGAAGAGGAGGCGGCGCUGAGCAUCCAGUCCUUCUGGAGAGCAUACCUGGUUCGCUGUGAUCCUGAGAUCCAGGAGCUGCGUCAGUGGCAGAAGAAGCUGCGUGAGGACAAGCACAUCCGCGAGCGGGUCAGACUCUUCUGGGCCAAGCAAGAGCAGAAAGUGAAACAAACCAUGGAGGAGGAGGAAGAGGCAAAGGAGGAAGAGGCCGCUGUCACCCCGACCUCCGCUCCUUGACCAGGGACCUUCCCUUCGAGCACCAGGGACCAGGUUCAGGCAGAGUCCAAGUUGGUAUUUCUUCCUCUGUUGGUAUUUCUUUACCAACUAGAUUUAACGGCUAGAAAACGUAAAACAGCACUUGUAAAUGCAAGUAACUAUUGCUUUACUAGUCUUUCUGCAUUUCCCUAAAUUUGAUUCUUUCAGCCAUCUAUUUCUUCAGUGCCUCAGUAUUCUUCUACACCAGUCGCCUUUAAAAUGUACAACAACCAGUUGUAAGCAGUAAAGUGUCCUGGUUACCCAUGUCCCACUUUGGCCACCUUGGCAAAGAGCCAUGUUUAAAUUUAAGUCCUGACCCCUGCGUGGUCUCUUUACCUGGUACAUGCUCUUCAUGAAAGGCCUUGCUGCCUGCGGUCACUUCCACGGAGCUGGCCCGUACCUUCCCACCACCAAGGUGAGAGGCCGGCCCCAUACCCUGCAAGCUCCUCACUUCGUGGGCAAGCUGGUGUGUGACCCUCAUUUGGUCAGUGGUUUGCCAUUAACCAGGAUUUUCCCAUUCAAAGAGCCAGAGGCGUAGCCUUGUGGUUGUAUUGGGUUGAAAGCUACCACACAUCUCAUGUAAAUAGUAAAGCCUUUAUUUGUGUUAAGAAUAGCAUUUUGAAAAUAAAAUCCAUCUGCUGAUGCUUUACAACCUUUUCAGUUUGUAAUAGUUAUAUACAGUCAUGUAUAGUGCACCUUGAUUGUCUUGAAAUUUCUUUAAUGAUUUUUUUCUUAUAAGUAUGCGAGUCAGCCAGCGGAGGAUGAAGGUACAUU